UUGAUGUCAUUGUCUUUUGCUUAGAGAUUAGGUUGGAUUUAGGGAACUGCAGAUGAUUUUUUUUUUUCUUCUUCUUUUAAACUGACUCCUAUUCGCUUGUGUGAUGGUUGCGUCACAGUUUCAAACCUCAGCUUGGUUUGACACAAAGGCAACUUCCUGUAUUGAAAAAACAGCGAGGCGUUUUUCGGAAAAGGUACACGGCGUGCGAACUAGAAAGAGAGCUGCAAGCAAACCAUCAGCUAAUAGCCAUGACUAACCAGCUCGACUUGAGGUCAUUUCUUUUUCUACUGAUUGCGAGCAGCUUGGCCACAGGUCAACAAUUGCUUAAAGACAAUCUACAAAAUUCAACUGUUUCCAACCACACACAGCAAUACGACAACACAACUGAACUUCAGCCCACCGGCCGACCUCCACAGACCACUGAGAUUCGCAACGAAAGUUCUACUGCAGCUCCUACGCUCAGCCAGAACACUUCCGAAACGACCCACAGUUGGCCGUCGCAGGGAAAUGGAACUUCUGGAAACGUUUCGAAGAUCGAAGGAACUGAAACGAACAGCACCGAACACAAGUCGCCAGGGAACGAAAGUUUAGUUACCGAAAGUCCUCCACAAAGCCCUUUCCCUGAGAAAAAUGCCACUUCAGACCCCACCAUGGCCAGCUCCACUCCUACAAUUCCUGCCUCAACAGGAGCAAACGGAACGAAUGCUACAAUUUCGGUCACCGUGGUUCCGCCACCUCAUUCGAGCACCGGAGGACCUACCAGAUCAAAAACAACCAUAAAGACAACGUCAAAAGUCAGAACUACUUCAAGUCACACGCCAACUACGGCACAUCACAGCCAAAAACCUGACAAAUCAACCACCAGGAUUUGUCCCACGGCCGAACCAAAAAAAGAAGGCCUCGUGGGUCGGUGUCUCAUUGCCAUCGCCAGUCUGGCCGCUCUGGCAACCAUCUUUAUCAUGACCACCAUUGUGUUGGCCACGAAGUUGGCUGGCUUGAGACAAAGGCACAGGGCGAGCCUGCUUCACGGGACUGAAAUGGUCUGCAUAUCAGCCCUCAUGAAUGAUACCGAUUAUCCCAUUCCUACACCGAAGCACCCUAAAAGCAACGGCGCACUGAUCCCAAUCACCGAGGAUGAAGACGGUGAUGAUCUCACCCUCAACAGCUUCCUGCAUGAUACGGAAGUUGUGGCAUAGAUAUUCUUUUUUGUGUACUUAAAUCUGACUCGAAAAUCCCCAUUGAGGAUAACAAUUGGAAUUCUCAAAUCUUUCUUCCUGACUUCUGUGGUAAGACCACUGGCUCUUUGUAUUAAUCAAGCUUUUCUAUGUUUAAACAAGCCUGAAGAACUUCGUACAGACUUGCACAACCAAGAUUUAGACUGCUUAAUCAACCGAGCAAAAUUUCCUGCACUUGGUCUACGACAUAUUUGUCAACUGCUGAUGCGUGCACGAAGUCAGCAUCCCCCCGAGGCCCAACAAAAGCUGCUUGUCAGCACGGAUGAUAUUUGUCUGUGCUUGGUGUUGCAUAGGAAGUGUGUGGACUUAUUAGACUCGAGAGAGAGAGAGAAAGAGGAAGUGUGGUUUUAAAUAGAGUUGUGUGUCUGCUUGUUACCCAAAAGAGCUUCCUGGUGACUGUUGCCUUGAACUGUAUUUUAAGCAAUGUGUGGUACAUAAACCUGUAAAUGACUUCUUAUGACUAAUUCAUUUAUAUAUGCGUGUACAUCAUGAACUGCUUUACAUGUGGUGGGUUUUGUAGUCCUUUCUAUAGAGGGAAGGUCUUACUCAGUAACUGUAUGGAGUACAUUGCAAUAUCAUUUACCCUCAUUCUUUUGUUGACUGAUAUAUUCUGUACAGCGGUGUUCCUGUUUCCAGUCACCUCUUUUAUGAUUCAUAAGUUCCAAAUAGCAGGUCGGGUGCUGGUUAGCUAUACCUCAUGUUCCAUUCGACAUGGUUCUGAGAUUUUGAUUAGUGGUAAGGAUCGGGGUUUAGGAUAACACUGACCUCAAGAGAAUGCCCACAUUUGCAUAUAGCAUUAGAUUUACUUACUUUUAUCCUGAUUGGCUUCCAAUUUUCUAAUUUAUAUGAUGGAAUUGCAAGGGCUUUGCUCAAGAGCCAGAAGGGAAGUGGUAGCUCACUGGUUAAGGCAUUGAACUUUGGACCAGAAGGUCAAGAGUUAAAAUCCCAGUGCCACCAAACCAACCCCGCCACUGCUGGGCCUAUUAGCAAAGCCCUUAACCCUCAACUGCUCAGUUGUAUAAAUGAUACAAUUCACUCUGAAUUAGGGCGCCAGCUAAAUGCUGUAAACAUUAAUGUAAGAGCCCAGCAGUGGCAGGGCAGCUUGGUGGUGCGGAGAUUUGAUCUCAACCUAAUGAGAAGUCCAACAUCUUAACUAAUGAGCUACCACUUCUCGUAAUUAGGCGCCCAGAUAUUUGUCUUACCAGGAUAAAAAAAAAAAGAAACUAUGUUCUCCAUCAUCUUCCAUAGCUGCAUUAUUGUGGCUAGCUGGCAAACCAAAAAAUAAUAUACCAGUGGGAGAGGGGGGAAAAAAAACCCUUCAUGCAAGUUCAACUAAAUUGAGAUUCAAUGAAAAUGAUUAUAAAACAGUAAAUGAGAUCGGAGAUAGCAACAGGCAUUCAGGAGUUUUUUUUCCCCCCUCAGGACCUGGAAAGUAUUUCUUUCAGUCUGCAUUUCCUCCAUUAGCCUUAACUUGUAAAUGUAUUCCCUUUUAAUGAGGGCUUAACAAAAGGGGAAAAAAAACUCUUCACACAGACAGUAGCUCGGGAUCGAACCUGGAAAUGUGAGGCUGCUUUUAUUUAUUUGCUUAUAUCUAUAGGUUUUGUGAAUCCUCUCUCUCUCUCUCUCUCUCUCUCUCUCUCUCUUCUCUUUCUCUUUCUCUUUCUCUUUCAUUUUAUUUUAUUUUUUAAAUAUAAAUAUCUGCUUUGGAAAUAAUCCAUGAUUCCUCAUGCACUUGUAUGUAAUAGACAUGAAGCCAUAUGAGCUGAUACAGUAAGUUUUACUGUAUAGUAUUUAGUAUAGUAAUUUAAUUUUGUGUGUACUGAAUGUUUUAUAUGUAUGGUUGUACCUUUUUUUUAAAUAUAUUUUUGAUACAGUUGGAGAAAACGAUUUAAUCCUUAUGUGCUACAUACAUUUCUUCCAUGGACAGAGUUUUAUGGUUUUUUUUUCCUCCCUUCACUCAUAUAUUAAACCAUCUGAAGAGAUUUUUGUAUAUUUUACAAUACAUUAUACCGGACAACAUGGUGUCAGCCAGCAUAAAUAAAGGUUUCAGCCUUUUCACAGGCAACAUCAUCA